CAGCAUGAUCGUCCUUUUUCGGUUGCUGUCCCGUCUGGGCAAUAUCACGUGGACACAGCAAAGCUAGGCCAUCCGUAAUAUGAUUUCCCCGUCUCAGUGGUGUUUCGGGUGUGCUUUGUGGUGGUGUUGCGGUGGUGUUGCAUCCCAGCUUUUUGUGGGCAGCCGUGGUUGGAUCUCUUUCCGCGUUUCAGGUUCCCUUUGCUGCUUGCUGCAAGGCCCCAAUCCAAUACCAAUCUUCCCCCUCCCGUGCCGUGCAUGUGUCGCAGCGCAGCCGCGGGCGCCUGUUAAUCGGAAAAAAGUGCUGCUAAGGUUUAAGGGACGGACGUUGGGUUGUUCCUUUUUGCUUUUCUACUCCUCCAACGUCUUUUCGGUGUUACGGUUUUCUACGUACGAGCGCUGCGCGUCGCCAAUCCACACUACAACUCCUUCUGCGCUUCGUUGACGACGCUAUAUACUACGAUUCGACGAGGUUGAGCCUCGGAAAUACCAUCACAACGACAUAUUCCUAAUAUUUCAAUUCGACGAGCUGGUGAAAGGACGGAGCUAGGAGACUUUAUCUACGACACGAGAGGGAGAGAUAUCAAUUGGGUUACGAUCACAAUUACGGAACCACGAUACUCGACCAGAGCAACCGACGCGAUCGAUUAAUCAGUCCGAAGGAGAGUAAACCCGAUAAUUGCAUUCGAAAGGACGUCAUAAAACUGAGCGAGCAACGCCAAAUCACUGUCGGUCUACGACAAAGAUCAGAGAGAAAGCAAUGAGAACGUCAACACUCUUCAACGCCCUUUCGGGGGCCGCUGUGGUGGCGGCGGGUGUGCUGGCGAUGGACCUCGGUGACGAGAUGCGCAUGGGGUGGAAGUAUGGCCUGCUGCCGCGGCAGACGACGCAGAACCUGCAGACUUUUGAGGGGAAUUUGGGCGGUGUACAGGCGUCAGCGAUUACCAAGUCAAAUGACCCUAGCAGACCGUUCGAGGUCGACGGUGAUACUUUUCCCGACUUCAACACCGCCGCGGGCCGAUCUUGCGACAAUCAGAAGAACAAGUGCUCACAAGCAGCCAACAACGGACCGCAAAAGUUUGAGGUGACCAAGUGUGACGAGCAAGCUGGUGAGUUUAUGUUACUCUCUUGGGGUUUGAGGGUUCCAUCACACAUGAGGGCCACUAUACUAAUACGGACCGGCAGAGCAAUGCAAAAACACAAUCGACACAAUCACAAAGCAGAGCUUUAGCGAUCCCGUGUUUUCGGGUACGGUGGGAGAUUUUGACAUCUUUUGUGAUCCUUGAGAGGCUCAUCUGAGUUGGUCGAGCGAGAUGUCGGUCGUCGGCGGUGGCGAUGAUGAUGGUAUUGCUGUCUCAAGAGGCUAUGUGAAUGAAGUCACGUCGGCAUGUGUAUACUGAGAGAUUGGGAAAGGAAACGAGCGAAGUAGGGGGUGAAGACAGCAAGCCAAAGGAUUUGGCAGAGGUGUUGAUGGGGAUUUUGAGUUGUACAUGUUAAAGGUUGGUUUGGUGUUAUAGGCUCCUCGAGGCGAAGAUCGAGGAUGAUGUCCGGCGGGCAUGACGCUCGG